AGAGACCAAACAAUUGGUGAUAAUAUCUGCUAAACAAUUGGCGGAUAACUCUUCGCGUCCAUCGCUUGCCUGUGAUCUUGAAAUACAUCACCACUUAAUACAUGUAUUAAUUGACAACUCAUUCACAGACCAUAUCUUAUGAUGAAUUGAGUGAUGAAUUGCAUAUGAAUUGAAGUUUGAAGUUAUUAUUGGAUCCCAAAGAAGAAGAAGAAGAAAACGAAACGAUAUUUCCAUAAAGAAGAAGAAAAUUAAAAGUUGUUUCUCUUAUGACAUGAAAUUUUUACUUAACAUUAAUUGAAUAAUUGAAAAGUCAUUGAAAGACAUUGAGGUAUUCACUAAUGAACGAUCACGUGAUUAAUAAUAACACUGGAACCGCUGGCCCGCACGCCUUCACCGCCGAUGACGAGCAGUGGGCUAACGAUGGGACGGACGAGUGGACCGCCGGUCACUUCUCGGCCGCCAAACGAUUCAAACCAAGCGUCUCGACGGACAGUAUAUCCAAUUUCAUGGAUCAGUUGCCAGAAUUGCCCGACGAGUUGUCCAACGACGCGAUGGCCGCCAAUACGUCCGCCUCCGCGUACCAGACGUCCAAUCAGUGGACAGACAGUCACACAACGUAUGCGUCGACGACAACGACGACAGUCACGCCAUCGGCGCAGCAAUACGUAUAUCCAGUCAAUAAUCAUCAACACAUCGACCAAUACUACCACCAGUCCUACGUCACCGACACUAGUCAUCAACAACAGCCCCAACAGUGGUCUUACGGGCCGAAAGUCAACGCGUAUUCGGUUCCCGAUCACCAGUACUACAAUCCCAGAGCGCAUGGCAUUCAUCAACACUACCCGUCACAUGAACUCCAACCGCAAUAUCCAUCACAACAUCUGCCGUCACCGCCAGUCAAUCAGUUGACAGCACCUGUUCUGCAGCCACACGUUAGUUAUCAGACAGAAUCACAGCCUCUUCAGCCGCAGAUGAGUCAUCAGACAAGUGCGGCGCCUCUUCAGACGCCCGCAGUUCCCAAUCGAUGGCAAGCGAAACGCAAACUACAGGAUGAGAGCUAUUGGUCACAGAUGGCUAAGUCAGCUGUGGCCGCGCCGCCAACCCCUCCCACAUUCUCGCCGCCAUUACCUCCGCCGCUGCCAUCGGUGCCGACAACGGUCUCCAACGACGAGCUUAAAGACAAACCAAAGCACAGAUCAAUUCUGGAACAAUUGGUUCUCAUUCUUCACGCACACAAAUGCCAGCAAAGGGAGCGACAGAUCGGCGAAAUACCCACCGCUUGUUCACUACCGCACUGUCGCACUAUGAAGAAUGUGAUCAACCAUUUGGCCGGUUGUUCCGCCGGCGCCGCCUGCAAAGUAUCUCAUUGUCACAGCUCUCGCGUAAUCAUCACUCACUGGAAGUCCUGCACCCGAGCCGACUGUCCCGUGUGUUCGCCUCUUAAGCAGGCGUCGCAGCGAAGACACGUCCAAUCGUUGACACACCAGGGUGACGACAGAAAUCUCCCCACACAUCAUUCGCCACAAUUGAUGCCAAACGCAGCGCAAGUGCCACCGAUAUCAUCGAUGCAAUCACCACUUCCAGCCAUUGGGCAACUGAAUCAGCAAUUUGUUGGACACCAACAGCCCAUACAUACCACACAUCCGCCAUCAUAUCAGACAACUAUUAAUUCUAUGACAUCUCAAUCGCCGAUCUCUUCGUCGCCAAUGAAUCCAUCGGAACCGCUGGUGAAAGACUGGCAUCGUUUUGUUGGUCUGGAUUCUCGACAGCGUUUGAUUGGCAAAAUUGUGGAUCAAAUUUUGCCCAUAAGCGACGCCAAUGUCCGUCAAGACAGGCGAAUGGCAUCAGUGAUUAUGUUGGCGAAGAAGAUCGAGGGCUUUGUGUAUAGAGCGGCCAAUACUCAGGAGGAAUACUACAAUUUGGUGGCGCAGAAGAUAUUUCAAGUGAAGAAAGAGUUGGCGAUUCUGUGGCGACAGAAACAGAUCGACAAGAAUAAUGUGAUCGCCUCUCAAAGUGAUCAUCAUUUGGCGCCCGUAUAUCACGAAAUGCAAGCCACGGGCCAACAGUUCACUACCGGUGGCCAACAGUUACCCGUUUCGGACACUCAGUUUAGUCAACAACAAACCACUAGUCAGUUGUCGCAGAAGUAUUUCAACGACUCGUACGUCCAAUCAGUUCGACCUCCGAGUGCUCAGGAGCUCAAACCUAACAUUAAUAAUAUCGAUAAUAACAACAAUAUUAGCCUUAAUGAUAAUAAAUUGGCCUAUGAAUGGUCGACAACCGGUCCCUCGCAGCCAAACGCCCCGCAAUCGGUGCCAAUCAGUGCGAGUUUGUCGGCAGUCCGGCCCGACUCGGGUCACAACUAUUAUAUGCAAUCAAACAUUGCGACCAAACAUUAUGAAUCUUCGCUCACAGCCGCCGCGCCUCCAGUGAUAGCGACUUCUGUCUCAUCAGUUAAUGAUACCCAACACUGGCCUUCAAUUGCCGACAAGACUGUCGAACCUAAGAAUACCGACUCCGAGACCAUUGAAGUGAAGAAAGAGCCCGGGAUUACAGAUAUGGAUGCAAAUGAAAGCGAGACAACAGAGCCGAUAGCGAAAUCGGUGGCCUCUGGCAAAGAGUCUGUCGAUGUGAAGCCAGAUGUUAGCCCUCCGGCACCGGAUGCCAGUCCAUCGUCGGUGCAGACGGUCCGCAAGCAAUCGGUUCCGCAGCAGAAAAGAGUGUUCAGAGCGGACGAACUGCGGGCCACUCUAACGCCGACACUGCUUAAGAUGGCCUCACAAGUGCCCGAAGCGAUACCUUUCAGAGAACCGGUGGACACUGCGAUGAAUCCGGACUAUCCGCGUAUCAUCAAAGAGCCAAUGGAUCUGUUGACCAUUAAGACCAAACUGGACACCGGCCAAUACGCCGACCCGUGGCAGUACAUCGACGACGUGUGGCUCAUGUUUGAAAACGCCUGGAUCUACAACAGGAAGUCUUCGGUGGUCUAUAAGUACUGCACUAAAUUGUCGAAGAUAUUUGAGGAGGAGAUCCAUGCGGUGAUGAAGAGCAUAGGGUAUUGUUGUGGCGGUAAAUAUGCAUUUCAACGACAAGUGUUGUCCUGUUUUGGCCAAAACCUGUGCGUAAUUCCUACGGACGCUCUGUAUAUGAGUUAUCAGAAUAAAUACACAUAUUGUUUGGAGUGUUUCGCAAAGAUUACGGGAAAUGUGGUGACAGUUGGCGACGAGUUGGGAGGGGAGUCCUCGUCGGCCGUCGCCACACAAAACAUACCGAAAGCCGAAUUCAUUGAGUGUCGAAACGAUACUCUGGUUGAGGAGCCAUUCAUCGAGUGUAAAGAGUGUGGUCUUAAGUAUCAUCAGAUCUGUGUCCUUCAUCUCGAUGUCAUUUCGCCCGAAGGGUUUACAUGUGAUGGUUGUCUUCGACGAGAGACUCGUAUUAGAAGACAACAUAAAUAUUGUGCCAAAAAUCUGCCGAAUACAAAGCUCGGCGAUUAUAUCGAAAACAAAGUCCGCAAAUAUUUGGCUUCUCGUGAGUGUAGCGGCGAAUCGGUGUCCAUACGAGUUGUGUCCACUUUUGAUAAAACUGUUGAGACAAAGCCCUUAAUGAAAGCCAAAUAUGGCGAGACUGACCAGUGGUCCGACUCAUACCCAUACCGAGCGAAAGCUAUAUUUGCUUUCCAGACCAUCGAUGGCGCCGAUGUCUGCUUCUUCGGUAUGCAUGUCCAGGAAUACGGAUCUCAAGCCAGUGCUCCCAACACUAGGCGCGUUUACAUCGCGUACUUGGAUUCAGUCCGUUAUUUCAGUCCCAAAGAGUUGCGGACAUCAAUCUAUCAGCAGAUAGUUCUCGGAUACUUGGAUUACGCGAAGGGAUUGGGAUAUACUAUGGCCCACAUCUGGGCCUGUCCUCCAGCCAAAGGAGACGAUUAUGUGUUUUACUGUCACCCGACGGAGCAAAAGGUGCCAAAACAGAAACACUUACAGGAAUGGUAUAAGAAGUUGUUAAACAAAGGUAUUAUUGAACACAUUAUUCUCGAUUACGAGGAUAUACUCCAAUACACGAUGAGUAACAAUCUUCAGGUUCCCGCAGAAAUGCCAUACUUUGAUGGCGAUUUUUGGCCAAAUUUUUUGGAGGAUUCGCUCAAAGAUAUUGAACUCCAGAGAGAAAAACAGCAACAAAUGGAUAGCGCGAAGAAUGUGGUUGAGGGCAAUAAUCCAGACGCCGCUAAUGUCCAUGAUGAAAAGCCUACUGAUACUAUUAAAAGUGUGGCUAUAAUUCACAACAAAAAGCCGACCAAAAAACACAACUCGAAGAAGAGUAAAGAGAAACAGAAGACUUGCGGCAAACAAAACACGAGUCCCCGGAAAGGGCUGUUAUCGCCGGCGCAGGAGUUGAGCGCACGGAUCCACUCAAUGAUGUACAAACACAAGGAUGUAUUCUUCGUGGUUCGGCUGCACUCGCAAUUGGCGGCCGAGCGUCUGCCGCCGAUCGUAGAUCCGGACCCUCUGAUCAACUGCGAGCUCAUGGACGGGAGGGACGCCUUCUUGACGUUCAGUCGCGACAAUCAUCACGAGUUCUCGACCCUAAGACGGGCCAAGUUUUCCAGUCUCGUCCUGUUGUGUGAGUUACACAACACUCCCGGCGACGGAUUCGUCUUCACGUGCAACGAAUGCAAAGCCCAACUCCUGAAGAUUGCCUACCAUUGCGGCGAAUGCACUGACUUUGAUCUGUGCGGCGACUGCUAUGAACGGCUCGGACACAGGCAUCCGAUGCACAGACAGGCGGUCGAAGAUCUGGUCAAAUCUGUAACCGGCGGAGUUACCGUCGAUGGCGAGACCGCCGACGGCCAGCGGUCGCAACAGUCGAAGACAGAGGUACAGGAAUCGAUCCAACGGUGUGUCCAGAGUCUGGAGCACUCGUGUCGCUGCAGAGACGCCAACUGUCGACUGCCGACGUGUCAUCGGCUGAAGCGUGUGAUCAGCCAUUACUUCGGGUGUCGCCGGAAGGGCACUCCGAUCAACAACUGUACCGUAUGCAAGCAAUUGACCAAUCUUUGCACAUAUCACGCCCGCAAGUGCUCGGAAGCCAAGUGUCAGGUGUUGUUAUGUCAGACCGUGAAGGAGAAACUGGUGCCGCAGCGCCUGCAACAGGAGUAUCAACAGCGCCGGGCUCUUCAGAUGCGCAUCGCAUCCAUGCAUAAUAUGGCCCAAUAG